CAUAGCCAAGUCAAGUCAAGUCAACUAGAACAAUUGCUAAACUAAAAAUCUGAUCUAGCUUUAGUCUCUGCAAGCAACUGCUCUCUCUCUCUCUCUCUCUCUCUCUCGCUUAAUUGGCUCCUCAGCUGCAACUGCAACUUAAUUAAUCCCAUCCAUGACCUUUCCUUUCUUCUUCUUCUACUUUCAAAGCACGCCUUUCCUUUCUUCAGUGUGUGAAUGAUUGAAUUUUUGUCCACCGACAGUGCUUGUCAAGUCACUUCAACUAGAACAGUUGUUUUGUAGCUUAGUCUGUGCAAGCAACUGAUUUCUAUUCAUCUAAAUACUCACAAACAUAAUUAUAGCUCUGGUGCAUUCAGAGAAAGAGAGAGAUACGGAGUGCAUUGAGUUCUUUCAAGUUUUCAUCAUGUCCUUCGGAUCAUUAACAUCUUCUUCUUCUUCUUCUGCUGCUGCUGCUGCUGCUGAUAUCCCCCCUCUUCAAGAAAAGUAUGAUGUGUUUCUUAGUUUCAGAGGUGAGGACACACGCGAUACUUUUACCAGCCAUCUUCACAAGGCUUUACUUGGGAAGAAAAUUGAGACCUACAUUGAUUACAGACUGGAGAAAGGAGACGAAAUUGCUCCUGCCCUUCUAAAAGCAAUAGAGAGAUCGAAAAUUGCACUAGUCAUUUUUUCAAAAGACUAUGCUUCUUCCACUUGGUGUUUGAAAGAACUUGUGCGUAUACAUGGAUGCAAGAAAAGCCAUGGACAGAUUGUUAUACCCAUUUUUUAUCGCAUAGAUCCAUCAGAUGUACGAAAACAGCAGGGAACUUAUGCACUUGAAGAUCGUCCACUUAAGCGCAGUAGGGAUGAGGUGGCCAACUGGAGGGCUGCUUUGGAGGAAGCAGCCAAUAUGUCUGGGUUUCAUUAUUCAAGCAAAACAGGGACGGAGGCCGAUUUUGUUGAGGAAGUUGUCCAAUAUGUUUUGACCAAAUUGAAUCGCGAAUCGUCAAGUGAUUUAAAGGGCCUGGUUGGAAUUGAAAGAAAAAUUGAGCAAAUUGAGUCGUUAUUAUGCUUGGAUUCACCAGGUGUUUGCUGUGUAGGUAUUUGGGGCAUGGGUGGUAUUGGCAAGACCACCCUUGCUGAUGCUGUAUUUCACAGGCAGUGGCAGUCCUCAAAAUUUGAAGCUUCUUGUUUUCUCGAAAAUGUCAGGGAGAAAUCAGAAAAAAGGGAUGGACUAAAUGACUUGCGAAAUACACUUGUUCGUGGAUUAUUGAAGGAUAAAGAUGUAAAUAUCAACACUCCGUCUAUACCAGCUGAUAUUCUAAUUAGGCUCAGGCGUACGAAGGCGCUCAUUGUUCUUGAUGAUGUGAAUGAUCCAAGCCAACUAGAAUUUCUUGUUGCAUAUCAUGAUCGGUUUUGUGAUGGAAGUCGAAUCAUUAUAACUGCUAGAGAUAAAGGAGUACUUGAGCAAAAAGUUGAAAAUGAUAAGAUAUACAAGGUUGAGGAAUUACGUUUGGAUGAAGCUUUUAAACUCUUACAUUUGCAUGCUUUCAGAAAUAUUGAGUCUCCACCAGAAGAUUAUAAUGAGUUGUCAAGAAAGGUGAUAGAUUAUAGUCAGGGCAUUCCAUUAGCUCUUAAAGUUUUGGGGUCGUCAUUCCUUCGUUUCAAGAGCAAACAAGAGUGGGAAGAUGAAAUGAACAAAUUGAAACGAUCUCCAAACCCAAAAAUCCAGAAAGUUUUGAGAAUAAGUUACGAUGGAUUAGAUGACAAUGAGAAAGAGAUAUUUCUUGAUAUAGCAUGUUUUCAUAGAGACAGGAAUAUGAAUAAUGUAAAGGGAAUGUUAGAUAUCCGUGGUUUCUCAUGGUUAUCCGGAAUCAAAGUUCUCAUUGAUAUGUCUCUCAUAUCUAUUUCAAAAAGGAACUCCAUAGAGAUGCAUGAUUUGUUGCAAGAAAUGGGUAGGGCAAUUGUUCGCGAAGAAUGUAUUGAAGAACGCAGUAGUAGGUUGUUCAGUGCUAAGGAUGUCUAUGAUGUAUUGAAAAAUAACAAGGAAGCUGCAAGGGUUCAAGCCAUAUUCUUUGAAGACCUAAACUUGAAUCAUGCAGACUUCAGAAAGAUAUGUAAACUAAGAUUGCUAAUUGCAGAAACUUACAAUUUCCGCCGCGACAUAUUAGAAACUUUUUCUCUUGAUCUUCCCAAUUCUCUUAGUUAUCUUCACUGGGUGAGAUAUCCUUUGAAAUCUUUGCCAUCAAAAUUUUCUCCUGAAAAUCUUCUUGUACUUCAUAUGCCAUUGAGCCAAGUUGGGGCGCAACUUUGGAAUGAAGGCCAGAGUCCUGUGAACUUAAAAGAGAUCGAUCUUGGUUACUCCAAACAUCUAACUGAAGUUCCAAAUCUCUCUCAGAGUCUAGAAAUUGAGCGCAUAGAUCUUGUUGGCUGUGAACGUUUGGUUGAAAUUCCUUCGUAUUUUCAACAUCUUCAAAAGCUUACUUAUCUUCGACUUGCUGGGUGCAAGAAUCUCAUCAAAGAUCUUCCGGAGAUGUCCUGCAAUGUUGAAUGGGAUGAUAUAUCUCAUACAGCAUUUUCAAAUAGUCCUUUCUCAUUUCCUCGCCAAAAACGUUCUGUCAGGUCGCGGUUGUAUCUUUCUAUUGACUCGGACUCUGAAUAGAGGAACUGGAACUUUUUCUUUAUGAGAACUAUCUUUCGGGCUUUUUUUAAUUUUAUUUCCCUGGGAUAGAGAGCAUAUCCUGGAGUAAUCUUAUGAUUGACUCAGAGAAUCUAGUUUUGAGUUUAUAAUUUGAAGAAUGCUGACAGACAUUUGGUCCCUGACAAGAGAUGAAGUGUUAGAUGCGGCACAAGGCACCUGGGGGAGAACAAAGUGUUAGAUGCGGCACAAGGCACCCGAGGUAGAACAGAGUGAUUUAAUACACAAGGCAUCCAAAUAGACUGCAUGAUUGCAAAACUUUUGCUAGCGCCUGCAAAAAUUUUCCCUUGGUUUGUAAGCUUGAGGCCAUUUAUCGUUUUUCAGUAUCCUGUUCACGUUUCAGCUGUGUUCGUGAUGCCUGUUUGACUUAACAGAAACAGAGGCUUGUUCAAGUUCUCUUUAAUGAUCUGCAGGUCCAGUGCUGGUAUUGUACAGGAGAUAUGUGAUUUGAAUCCAUCAAUUCAAAUAUUUGGAUGUAGUUGGGGGAACCCCAUCACAGAAAUACAAGAUAGCUGCCUUGUCUCGGUUUUAUAGUGAGAAGCAAUAGCCUGUAAAUAUUCACUCAGAUUCAGUUGUUUAUAGAGAAAUCAUUUUUUGUCAAAAUGGAUGUUUUUCUCUUAUGGUCUGGCAUGGUUUUAAUGAAUUUUUUGUGCCCAUUACUCGGGCGUGA